UUGUUGACCCCUCAGUUCUGUUCUGUUCUGUUCCCACAGCCUCCCCAAACCUGCUGGAGCGAUGCGCUUGACCGCCGCCCUGUGGAUCAGUCAUGGGAAGGUUUACCGACGGAUGGGGCUCGGCCCCAAGUCCCGGCUCGACAUGUUACGGAACCUGGUGACUGCGUUAGUCCGACACGAGAGGAUUGAAACCACUCUGGCGCGCGCUGAUGAGAUGAAACCUUAUGCCGAGAAGCUUGUGGACUAUGCCAAGCGUGGGGACACAGACGAGAAGGCUAUGAAGAUAGCCGACUUCUGGCUAACGGAGAAGGAUCUCAUCCCAAAACUCUUCAAGGUCCUAGCUCCGCGAUUCCAGGAAUACCGAGGGGCUUACGUGCGGAUGGCGCAGAUUCCGACUCGGGAGAACCUGGACAGGGCCAGGAUGGCUGUCAUCGAGUACAAGCGCAACCCCCUGCCGCCACUCCCCACCCGGCGCACAGGAGCCAACAAGAAGACCCUGGUCAACCAGCUGCUGAAGGGCUACAGGGAAGAAGCAGCUCAGAGGGCAGCUGUGGCUGCUGGCGAGUCUCAGGCUUCUAGUGUGGCCCAACCUGGACUGUGAGUUCCCAGUGAGAAAACAGAGGCACUACUGAGGCGGGGGGGGGGAUGGUUUUGUGUUCCUUCAUGCCUCCUUGGGAUUCUGUUUCCAGGGAAUUGCUGGCACCCUCCAGACUGAAGCUGUGCCUCAUUUGGGGUUCACCUAUGCAAACUGUACCUGGUAUUAAAUCUGCAAUGUGUGACUUUA